AAAAUGUACAAAGAAGCAAUAAUUUGUUUAGUCGGUACUUUUUGUAUUUUGCAAAUAGUUGAUUCGCAUCCUUCAAUUGCAUCAACUAGUUUCGAUGCAAAAAAAGGAAAUCAGGAUAUAAAAUAUACUGUUUAUCCUGAGAGUCAUGGUGACUCAAAAUUUUGUUUUAAACUAUCAAAAAUGGCAGACAAGUCGUAUAUGCCAUCAGUGGAAUUAAUAAUUCAUAGCCUUUUACCAUUUAAUCAAACAGAAAGAUCUUCUGAAAUUUUGGUACAGAAAGAAUCCUUUCUUUUCAUAGUAGAGCCAUCGCUUUCAGAAAAUGCAAGAGAAGCAUUGAGAUUGCUCCAAUUAAGCUCAAACUUUUUCAUAUUUUAUGUGUUUCUAUUUUUAGCCACAAUAAAUAUGGUGGGUUUUUUUAUUUUGUACUGUGUGAGCAAUCUGCAUUAUUUCUAUAUAUGGAAGUUCAUAAAUAAAACCUCCCAAAAUCUUAAGGAAAGUUACAAAGAAAAGAUAAAAUUAGUACUUUGUUGGCUACUCUCUACUGCUAGUUGGAUUUUGCUCGUAUUUAUUACAUAUACAAUGUGCAAUCUUAUUUAUUUCGGAAAAUUCGAUUUCUUCUAUGAACAAAACGUUCGCUUUGAUGUUGAUCAAGAAUCAACAUUAUGUUUAACGCCACAGCAAUUCGCGGAAAAAUUGGCUACAAUUUUAUCUGAAAAGAGAAUAAAUGGCGCUGCAAACUUCAAUCAAUCCGAUGAAUUUGUCCAAGAUUCCCAACAAGAAGAACAAAAUAUUAUGAUUAUAAGGUACUGGGAUUCAUUUUCUAUAUUUGACAGUAAUUUUUGGAUAAAAUUGAUAGUCUACUUGCUAUUUUCUGGAGAAUACGUACUGCUAAAGAUCUUUAUUGUAAUCCCCACACUUAUAGUGAUGACCAUCGCGCUCAUGAUUUAUUACACAAAGGUUAUGGUAAAAUCAAUUUAUAUGUUACUGAAUCGGAUUUUUGACUUGAAAAAAGAACUUGAUUCUAAAGUUAUAGUUACACCAGUAUUAACUCUAGAAUCUAAUCUCAAGGGUAGUGUGACUUUAGAGUUAUGCACAGAAAAAAAGUGA